GUAUACAUAAAAAAAAACAAACAUCCUAACCUCACAUUAAGUCUGGACCUUUUUCAAUACUUUAAGGAAAAAGUUGUUAAUAAAUCACAUCAGACUUUAACACCUAACAUAAGAAACUGAAAAAUUUAUGACUUAAUUAAUCAAUGGUCAACAUGGAUACUAAAAUGGCUGGUAAAGGCUGGAAUUAUGUUUCAGGUAUCUCAGAGACAGACGAGCAGCAACGUUUACGUUUUCAGAUCGAAUUAGAAUUCGUUCAAUGCCUUGCAAACCCGAAUUAUUUAAAUUUUCUAGCACAACGUGGAUACUUUAAAGACAGUACAUUCGUUAAUUAUCUUAAUUAUCUACAGUAUUGGAAGGAGCCAGACUAUGCAAAGUAUUUGAAGUACCCGAUGUGUCUCUACUUCCUAGAUCUGUUACAGUAUGAACAUUUUCGAAGAGAGUUGGUAAACUCUCAGUGUACAAAGUUUAUAGAUGAUCAACAAAUACUUUUGUGGCAACAUUACACCAGGAGGCGAAGUAGAUUAUUACAAAACACCCCACCGAAUGGUCUGAAUCAGGAUAACGUAAAUAUACAAAAUAUAAACCAAAGUAAUGGACAUAUGGUGCCAAAAAUGUCCUAAUGUGCAAUUUUUUAAGUUAUUAUUUGCUUAAUGUAUAAUCUAAUUUGUAAGAUUUAAAUAAACGUCUUUUUACAAUAA